AUGGCAGCAGCGAACGUCGGUCUGUCCGUCUCAGGGCCCCCGGAUGCGGAACGAAUGUACCCGUCUUUACCACACAACAUUCGCGCGGAUCGUUGCUCAAUGGCCCACCACCCAGCUGAAUAUGGUACCCUUCUAGUUGCUGCUCUGCUUUCGCCCAGACAGACUCUCCUAUCGACCUCAGACGAAAGCGAGCCACCGUUCAGUCCGGAAGACCCGCAGGGCCAUAAGGAUCCUGAGAUUUCGGAUCAGGAAUGGGAAAUUCGCACAGGUGUGUUUGCUCGUGCCGUGUACGCAGGUCGCGCCACCUACAUCCUACAGCAGACGCUCCCAGACUUCUUCGCGACUGGACUCGUGUCGAGCACGGACGUGCGCCCCGACCCACCAGCUGCUGUCA